CUCUGUGGCGUUCACCAACCGAGCAGCAGCAGCAGCACAGAUCUUGAAUAUCUGCCCCCCCUCUUCCUCCUCUUUGCUCCCGUGAAGGCAUUCGAGUUGCGAGCGGGGAGAAGAAGAGGGGCGGAUGGAGUUAGCAGCGGGCAGAGGGAGGGAGGAGUUGUGCCUCCCCCCCCACCCCCACCUCAAUGCCAAGUCUUCUGCAUUAUUCAUAUGCCCGGGCCGGAGCUGCGAUCUGACUGGCUGUCUGACCUAGCAUUCAUCCGACAUUGAGCAGCUCUGUUUGCUAACAUUCCUCAUUCAAAGCCUUGUUAACUGCCAGACGGGAGGAACACGCGACUCCAUGGGAAACCCACAUGGCCUCCCCAUUGUGGCAGGGCCCCCGAUAGGCUCUGAUUCUUGAGCGGUAAAUGACAGAAGGGAGCAAAAGGAGCUACGUUAGAAAAGCUGUUAGCUGAGCGUACCAGUGGGAGUGGGUUUGAGGAAAGUGGAUGGAUUUAUUUUUUUGGGGGGAAAAAUUCUUCCUCCAGAGAGACGGACGGAUGUGUAGGGAAGGCGUUUUUCAGGGACUGAGAAUGGGGGGGGGCUCUCAUCGGCGUGCCCGCCUACUCCUUGUAGGAAGAGGAGAAGCUGAGCUCCAUCUCUGCCCUUCUCCUCCACAGCAGCUGCCUUCUGAUGGCUCCAUCAGUUAAACGGCAGAGAUUUACUCCGGAUAGGCGAUUACCCCGGUGUCUCCAAAGCCAUCAGUCUCAGGCUUCGAGGUGGAGAAACGCGAGAGGAGGCGAGCCAGCAGACAGCGGAGCACCAACACGGCACGGGGAAGUGACCUCUGCUCCAGGGUUUUGGUCCCAGAUCUCCACCAUGGCGGCGGAACUGUACAGCCCCCCGUCCCCACUGGGAGAUUCCCUCCUGGACAGUCCUCUGUGUGGAGACUUGAUCGAGGAUCUCCGUAAGAUCUCUGCGUCGAUAGGCGACAACUCGCUGGAAUUCGACUUCCCGGAGUGCCAGAGCAACGACUCCGGGCCCAAAAGCUCCGUUAUGCCGGACCCCUUAACUCCAGCCUCCAGUCCUUCACCAGAGGUGUGUGGAGCGGCCCCGGCAGCAGAGGACAGCGUCGGGCCCCUCAGCCUGGAGUGUCGCGUGUGCUCAGACCGAGCUUCAGGGUUCCACUAUGGCGUGCACGCGUGUGAAGGCUGCAAGGGUUUCUUUAGAAGAACCAUCAGGCUGAAGCUGGAGUACAACAAAUGUGAACGCAACUGUAAGAUCCAGAAGAAGAACCGCAACAAGUGCCAAUACUGCAGGUUCAACAAGUGUCUGAUUGUGGGGAUGUCCCACAACGCCAUCCGCUUCGGUCGCAUGCCGCAUGCAGAGAAGCUGAAGCUGAAGGAGGAAAGCAAGGUGGCAGAAAAGGAAGUUGAAAGCUGCAUGGAGGGAGACGGUAAGACUCUGGUCAGGCAGAUUCACGACGCCUACAUGAAGAGCUUCACCAUGAACAAGGCAAAGGCGCGGCUCAUUCUGACCGGAAAGACAAGCGAACCGCCUUUUAUUAUCCACGACAUGGACACGUUUCAGCUAGCUGAGAGGACGCUAGCUGCCUACAUGGCCCACAUGGUAAAAGGUGAGCGUUUGGAGUCAGAAAGCGAGCUUCGGGUUGAACACGUGACUCCAGCCGGGGAGUCUGAGGAGCUCCAGCAGAGGGAGGCCGAAGCCAGACUGUUCCACUGCUGCCAGAGCACGUCGGUGGAGACGGUCACCGAGCUGACGGAGUUCGCCAAGGCCAUGCCAGACUUCCAGACCCUGGAUUUAAACGAUCAGGUGACCCUUCUGAAAUAUGCGGUCCACGAAGCGCUUUUCACCCUUUUGGCGUCCUGUAUGAACAAAGAUGGUCUCCUAGUGGCUCGAGGAAGAGGCUUUAUCACACGCGAGUUCCUAAAGAGUCUCCGACGACCGUUUAGCGACAUGAUGGAGCCAAAGUUCCAGUUUGCGACGCGCUUCAACUCAAUGGACUUGGACGACAGUGACCUGGCGCUUUUCGUGGCCGCCAUCAUUUGCUGUGGAGACCGUCCAGGUCUGGUGGACAUACCGGUGGUGGAGCGGCUGCAGGAGAGCAUCAUUCAGGCGUUGCGGCACCACCUGCUGGCCAAUCACCCCGACGACACUUUCCUGUUCCCCCGACUGCUGCAGAAGCUGGCUGACCUCAGGGAGCUCGUCACAGAGCACGCGCAGCUCAUUCAGGAAAUCAAAACACUAGAGGACACAUCGCUGCACCCCCUCCUGCAAGAAAUAUACAAAGACAUGUACUGAUUGGGCUUCUACCAAUGUAGGGAGACUACAAGCAGGAGAUUUGGGUGUACACAAGUCCUUAUGUAGCAGGUAAAUGGAAUAGGCUCGGAAAAAAAUAAUUCUGUGUAAAGAAAACAAUAACCACUUGCAGUUUUCAAAUAUUUUGUUUUAGGCUUUUCUGUAAAAUGUCAUUUU